GUCUGCGGGAGUAGACCCCAGCCGGGGAUUCUGGGCAGCCUCUGGCGACAGACUGUGGCUCUCUCCACCAAGCCUAAUGCAGGUCCUGCGGCCCUGAGCUGCCCCAAGCUAGGUGACAACAUGUCCCGCUGCCACCAUGGACUAGGUGUCUGUCGUGAAAGAAGGUUGUUUCCACGAGCGCAGUGAAUCCAUCAAGACCUGGAGUGAUGGCUCCUCGCUGGAUGGAAGGAGAGCCGGAGCCCCCGACCAGACCCUGCCCCCUCUCAACAACUUCUCUGUCGCAGAAAGUCCCUGAUGAAGACCAGGAGACGGGGCCCAACACCUUUGUCAUACGCUGCCUGCACUGGACCACAGUCAUCAAGAAGACCAUCCACGUGGACUCUCCAGAGGGAGCUGUAGCAUGUCCAUCUCAGAAUGCUGGGAAUUCCACGGGAUGAGUUGAGGAGGAGGCACGGUGUGUUGUGGAAAGAACAUGGACAUUUGAUUCAGCAGAUUUGUGUAGAAAUCUCAGCUUCAUUAUUUACCCAACAUUCUUGCUCCUCAGUUUUCUCAUGGAAAUGAGAAAUACCAAUGCCUUUCUUGUAGGUUUGAUGUGAAAGUUAAAUAUGAUAAUCUAAUGAUAUAAGAUAUCAGCUCCUUGUACAUACAUAGGAGGUACUUGGUAGAGUGGAGCCCUGAAUGGGGAGAAGACGUGAAAGGUUGCACACACCUAAAUCCUAGUGGUGAAAACUCCAAUUGCCUGAGUUAAAAAGUAAUAAUAAUAAUAGUAAUAAAAAAUUAACCUUGACUCACUGCAGAAAAUUAACUGGAAUUUACUAAGAAAUACAGGAAGGAUCAGUCCUACUCCUUGCAUUUGAGAGCUGAUUGUUUCCUAACAUUCAUGAAUCACGUUGGUAAUCUUUGCCAUAUCUGAGUAUUGUCUGUACUAUUAUUUUCUUAAUUGAUUAAGUUGGUUGUUACUUAGCCUUAUCAUCCAUGAAAUCACAAGUUUGUUAUGCUGGUUAAAUUUACUCUAAUACAUAUGAGUAUAAAUAUUUGUCUAAAACAUAAUAAUAGAGAACGCCGCCCCCCCAAAAAAA